AUGUUGAUUCUCCUUCUUCUUUUGAGCCGCCAUUUCCGCGAUCUCCCCUUCAUCAAGGUUGCAAAUGACAUCCAGGGCAUCCUCCUUAAGGACCUCGAGGACUGUCGCAUUACCGUUGGAGCCAUCAACGAUGUCAUCCUCCACAUCACCGCCGAUGUGAUAUCGCGCCCACACUGCAUCGCCACACCUCCCAUCGCGGAUGGCAUCCCAGAACCGCAGAUAAGCCUUUACGUCUUUAGCACCGCGCUGGUAGGAAUAUCGUCAUAUUGCCUCUUUCUAAUCUAUCAACGGGACAAAUAUAAGUAG